ACACACACACACACACACACACACACACACACACACACACACACACACACACACACACACACACACAGACGCACACACACUCACAUGCCUAUAGCCCCUGUCUUCAUCAUAUGUGGGAGAGAGGCUGAGAGCAACAAGGAGGAGAGAAGCAGAGCAGCGACCGGAGAACCACUGAACUCCUGGAAGCCUUCAGAGCAGCGACAACGGCACAAUAAAAGACUUUCUUUCAUUAAUUCACAUUUCUUUUUGUAAAUCUUUAGUUUAUACAUCUGAGGAGAAAAGCUACCUUUUCAACGCUGGGCAGCGACGGCUUUCUGAAGAUAUUUUUAUUUUGUUUUUGUUAAUCCAAGACUACGGAGGAAAUAUUUGUUUUGGUUUUUCUGAAGCGGUUUCCGUCAUUCUGCUACUGAGGAGUCCGAACUUUACAGAGGAUGAGUGUGUCCGGGAACGGCACCAUGGAGAAGCCCACGGUUUCGGAGCCCCCUCGCUCCGAGCCGGGCUCCCCCACCAACACCCUGGGGGGGUCGGGGGUGGUGGUGCCCCCGCCCUACUCCCGGGGGGGCGCUGAGGGGGAGGGGCUGGAGCUGCGGGGGUCCCUGGACUGCUGGGCGUGCUCCGUGCUGGUCACCGCCCAGAACCUGCUGGUCGCCGUGGUGAACGGCGGUCUGGCCGCGCUCGUGUUCGGGACCAUCCUCACGCCCUCGCUGGUCAUGGUGGUGUUCGGCUUCCUGUGCCACUCCACCGUCCAGCCCCACGGGACCUCGCUGUACUGCUCCGACCUGCUGGAGGACGGGGGCUGCGUGGCCCUGCUGGUGGUGGGCUUCCUGCUGCUGCCCCCCCUGCUGGUGCUGGCCCUGGCCGCCUACUGCCGGCUGGCCCGCCACCUGCAGCUGGGCCUCUGCUUCGUGCCCUACAGCCGCGCCGUCUACAAGAACCUGCCCGCCGCCCGGCACCGCGGCCCGGGGGCCCGCGGCUGCUGCGGGGGGGGGCCCCCGGGGGCCGUGGGGGACCGGGAGGGGAAGGGGAGCGUCUGGGUGUGAGGGGGAGGGAGGGGGGAGGGGGGAGGGGG